AUGGCAGAAGCUAUAGCAUCAACUUCCUCUUCAGGCUCUUCUCUUAAAGACUUUACUUGCCCGGUUUGUAAGGAUGUCCUGCAAACACCUGUGCGGACGCAGGGCUGUGAGCAUAUCUUUUGCAGGAAAUGCUUAGUGACAGCCACAAGAACAAGGGGUGCAAUUUGUCCCCUAUGCCGUGGAGCAGUAAGUGAAAGGGACAGAUUUGCACCAACAAGAGCUUCUGAUGUUGAAAUAGAAAUGAAAAGGCUAUCCGAGGAAUGCAUGUUCUGUGCCAAACGGGUCAAGCUGAACUACAUGAGGCUGCAUUACAAAACAUGUAAGAAAUACCAGGAAGAAUUUGGAAUUCUUCCGAAGGAUCCAGUGCUACAGAUCAAGGCAAACCCCUCUAAACCGAUGGAGCCAACAUACAAGUGUCCGAUGUGUGAAAACCGAAAUCUAAGUAGAAGAGGCUUGCUGGACCACUGUAACAAUGUGCAUUCUCAUCAGAUCAUGGAAGCGGUCUGUCCAAUUUGUGUAUCUUUGCCAUUGGGGGAUCAUUAUCAAAGAAGUGGGAACAUAGUUGGACAUCUAAAUGCAAGACAUCGGUUUAAUUAUGAAGAAUAUAUGAAUGUCCACAUGGAUGAAGAGGCACAGUACCAGGCUGCCAUUGAGAAAUCAACUCAAACUGCACACAUGGUGUAAAUUUAGCAAAGGUUGUUUUGUGUGGUAUGUUUAAAUAUUU